GAGGAACAUCCAUUGGCAUUAAGAUGCCCCCUUGAUCCCUGCAACAUUCGCACCCCAUCAUUUCUACCAGGAAGUUCGGGUCUCGCUUUGCGACUGGCUUAUCACCACGCGGCUUCGCUCUCAAUCAAGGGAGAGAUUCCCCCAAUCCCUUCAAAGGCGCGCGUGUACUGAUGGGAUAAUUCAAUUAUGAGCGCCCUUCUCUUCCAUGAGGUUAUACAGAUCCAACUUGUGAACCUUAAUGGGUAACCAGGGAUUUUCACACCAAUCUUUAACCCCUUGAUACUCAAGUAUGUGGGUUUCUUCAGGGUUUUAACCUGCAUUCCUGAGAAACGGCGCUCUCAAUCCCACACAGACCAUCUCUAUUGAAGCUUGCUGCUUUUGCACCAUGCCUCAUGCUUAUGCAUUCCGGCCCCUCUGCUUCCGCGUUGACGCGCCCAAGGCGCUCAAUCACCUAACUCAUUUAGUAUGGGCCUGCCAAUCGUGCUAGACUGAUCUCCUUUUAUAAUAAUGCCUGCGUGCUUCUUGAGCUCCCUGAAAAAUAAUUCUAUGCCAUUUGGAAUCUCAGCUCUUUGCCAACUCAGACUCUCGCAUACUCUCUUUCAUCUUUGGCCAUCCAUCUUGUAGUUCCCAUCGGUUGCCUACUUUGAUACUCUGGUGAAUGCUUCACCAUUCUUGUUGAUGGGAACUGCAUCUUAGCUGCUUCGAGCCUUUUCUCUGGAGUCAAAGCAUGGCUGGUCGAUCGAUGUCGCAUAAGAAAAGCGGAUCAUGGACCAAAGUUGUUAUUUUCGUCUCCCUAUAUGUCUUGCUUCUGGAAUCACUCAUCGAGUGGGCACUGGCGCUAUAUCUCUACGCCUACCGACAUGUUGAUUCGAAAAUGACCCCGAGUCUUAUUCUCGCUCUCGUGGCGUCGUUUCUCACGGUUCCGCUCGUGGUCCUGCAUAGCAUUCUCGCUUGGCAAUAUAACAAGGUUGCCGGGUUUGGAAGCCAAAAGGCCGUUCUCCAUAAGGCCUGUAUCUAUCUACUGCGAUUAACAAUUAUUGUUUGGUUAGCUGCUAGUGUCGCCGGUCUAGUAGUCGUUUCGCAACAGGUCUCAUGUCUUCCAGAAUCGGCCAGAGACAACUUCUGGAAAGAAGGCGUUAGCUGCGCGCUUCACCGAGCUGUUGUUAUAGUCUCUGUCAUCGCCUUUAUUACUGUGUGUCUUUAUUUUUGCUCUAGAGAGCUAAGUGAACGCCCAUAUGAUGUGUCCUUGCUGGGCGUAUACAAACAUCCACGAGCAAUCCGUGAUGGCAGCUUCAUUUCGAAUUCAACAAUGCAAAGUGACAGUACAUUGAAAAGUGAUAUUUGCUACGUCUGCCGCCGCCCUGAUGCAGCCUAUGGAAGUAGGGAGUACCAAUACUCUCCAAGCGAUACAAUGAAGAAGUCCACAAUUCUUCAGCAUCCCACACCAAUUCAUCCAAGACCGCACCUCCCACUCGAUGUGGACCCUGGGAGUGAGAGCAGCGACAUCCUCUCGGGAUCAACAAUCUCACCCAAUGGCACUCUGAGUAGGAGAUCACCAGGAGGGAGCACAAUCAAUGACAUGAGCUCUAUCUGCCGAACACCCACUGGUGCAACAUCAACGGUCAUGCAUGAUCCUUUUUGGCAACCUCCUCCCCUGUUUGAGCUACCUGAUGGCGCUGGAAGCUCAUCCACCUCUGUUCACAAGAGACAGAAAUCGUCUUUAUCCUCUAUCCGCAAGCUUCUCCCAAAGACCUUUCCGUUAUCACUGCCACUAUCUGCAGACCCUCAAAUACGCGCCCUGGCAGAUCCCAAUGUCCCACGCGACCUCGAGAAGCAAGUAGAACCCGAGAAUGUCAACGAUCCGAAAGACGAUAUUCAACCGCAGCCAGAACCUUCUACCGAGCAGCAACGAACGGAAUCACCCCCUUUCGCAAACAAUACGGACCCUCCAAGACCGUCGCUUCCACGGUCCAUGACAACGAAUUCUGCCGAAGCCCCCGAGGCUGUAUUACCUGCACCAUCUAACGUACACAGAUCCAACACCACGCAGACAGGUCCCAUUCAAACCGUCUAUCAGCGUCAGCCCAAGUUCACCUCGGUCCCUAUCAGCCCCCUUACGCUCCACCCUCUGAACAGAGCCCCCAGCCAUAGAGCCUCCGUGGUGGAACCAGACAGGAUCGUUAACCGCCAAAGCAUGCUACACAGCGACAGACGUCGAAGUCAUUGUCAGUUCGAGCCUGUUCAGAUCCCUCGCUACACCAGGAGUCAGCACCUUCCGCACACUCGAUGGUCCAAGCGGAGCCGGCCUGAACCACGGCGCAUGUGGUCCCAGUCCCGUCGAAACGACGCCGAAGUCAUCUACCCAAGCACGCGGCGAUCUCGCAGCAGUACGUGCGGCGGCUUUUCGUCCUCUGGCCAUCUAGAUUGCAUACGAGAAACAGGCAGAUCUAUGGACGAGCCUCGAGGGGAUAUAUUCUCAGAUGACAACACUUACCGAGGUACCUCCCGCACUAGCAUGCACAGGUACUAAUAACUCAAAAAAGUCUGCAG